AACGACGGUUGGCCUUAGAGGAGAAGGAGGGGUGAGAGGGGGAUGGAUAUGGAGGAGAGGUCGUUAAGCGGAAACUUGAUCUUCUGGAUGUUGGUGUUGGGCACACCGAGAUAUGGGUAACGCGUACAACGAGCGCGUGUCUCCGGUUGAGAACCAGAUCAUUGCAAGGCUUUGGGAUAGAUUUGGCCACACGGCGCGCGAUGCGAAGAGAUGUUUAGAGUCUUCCUGAAGUGUAAUGUGCUUGCUUUUCCUUAGGCCAAAGAUUCAUGGUGCGUCCCAGAUCUUAUACCGCUUCUCCGAAGCGGCCUGGACGUCGAUGUCGAGGCUCGUCUGUAUUGAAGGGCGGUGGUUUCGUCGGCUUUUUCGGGACGUGCGUUGGAUUGGAUUGGUUGGGUGACGCACCUGUGUCGAUGCCUGCUCUGGUCAUCCGUUCGGCUAUGGUUUUUGUGGAAGAAGGAGCGUGUUUGGGUUGCGAAAUAGACUCCCUUUUUGCUUCUGGAGGGGCGACGACUGGCAGUGGGGAACCUCCCUCAGAAUCUGGCACAGAAAAUGAGUUGGCAUAA